GCUAUUCCCCAAAGAAACGAAUUUUUGUUUUUUCCUCACUAUUUCUUGCUUUGAAAUGAUUAACGGCGAGAAUUAUAAGAGACGACGGGAGGAAACAUUUUCCGACGAUGAAGAUAGCUGUUCCACCGACAAUGAACCCAAGAAGAAAGAUUUGAACGGUAUUAUCACUUCGCUACUGUUGCUUGAAGAGCAAGAAAAGCGAGACCAUGAAGAGCAAAACGAAGCAUCCAAUGAAGAGAAAUCGAUCUUGGAGUCCAAUCACAAGAGAAAAACUCGAACUAUGCUCGAAUUUUACACCAAUCUCCAAGACUACUACUCCGAAAUCGACGAAACCGACCGUGUGAAGCGGAAGAAGUCCCGAACCAUGGCGGCAUCCGUCGCUGUCGCUGCCGUUAGCCAAACGGAAAACCAAUCACCCAACCAACAGAACAAACAAUCCGGGUCGGGUCAGCAAAGGCGAUUAUGGGUAAAAGACAGAUCGAAGGCUUGGUGGGACGACUGCAACCGACCCGAUUACCCCGAAGAAGAAUUCAAGAAGGCUUUCAGGAUGAGCAAGUCAACCUUCGAGCUCAUCUGCGAAGAACUCAACUCCGUUAUCGCCAAAGAAGACACGACGUUACGGAACGCGAUCCCCGUUAAGCAAAGAGUGGCGGUUUGCAUUUGGCGGCUAGCCACAGGCGAACCGUUACGGCUCGUUUCGAAACGGUUCGGUUUAGGCAUCUCGACGUGUCAUAAGCUGGUCCUCGAAGUGUGUUCGGCAAUACGCAGCGUUUUGAUGCCGAAAUACUUACACUGGCCAGAAGAGGAUUCCUUGCGGAAAAUAAAAGAAGAGUUCGAGGGCAUUUCGGGGAUACCAAACGUCGUCGGAUCAAUGUACACAACGCACAUCCCGAUUAUCGCACCGAAAAUAAGCGUGGCGGCGUAUUUCAACAAGAGACACACGGAGCGGAACCAGAAAACCUCGUACUCGAUAACCGUACAAGGCGUGGUCGAUCCUAGGGGAGUUUUUACAGAUGUUUGUAUAGGGUGGCCGGGUUCGAUGACCGAUGAUCAAGUGCUUGAAAAAUCAGCUUUGUAUCAAAGGGCAAAUGGGGGAUUACUAAAAGGAGUUUGGAUUGUUGGGAGUUCAGGGUAUCCAUUAAUGGAUUGGGUUUUGGUUCCUUACACACAACAGCAUUUGACUUGGACACAACAUGCUUUCAAUGAAAAGAUUGGGGAGAUUCAAAAGAUUGCUAAGGAAGCAUUUGGGAGACUUAAAGGGAGGUGGUGUUGUUUGCAGAAAAGGACAGAGGUUAAGUUACAGGAUUUGCCUGUUGUGCUGGGAGCUUGUUGUGUUUUACAUAAUAUUUGUGAAAUGAUGGAUGAAGGGAUCGACCCAGACUUGAAAUUUGCGCUUGCUGAUGAUGAAAUGGUCCCUGAAGUUGCUUUGAAAUCGGUAAGUUCGAUGAAAGCUAGAGAUGCUAUUGCUCAUAAUCUUUUACAUCAUGGUCUUGCUGGCACUGCUUUUCUGUAAUUUACAAAAAUGGAAUUUGGGGGGCAGAGAAUAUCCAAUAUUUGUUUUUUUGAAAGAUUAUAAAUUCUUUUUUUUUUUUUUGCAAGGUAGUAUGACAUUAUUGCAGGGAUUAAUUGUAAAUUUGUUUGAAGGGAUGUGUAAAAUUCUAUAUUUGUUCCCUCCAAUGAAUGAAACAUUUAUUUAGUUUUGAGUUACAGUGUUAGCCUGUUAGGUUUUCACUUACAUUAAGAUAUGUGUAUUCCUUGGUUCUAUACUGCUUCCAUUAUGGAAUAAAGACUAUGAAUGAAAUCAAAAAUCAAAAUUAUUCUUUUA